AGGCGCCAUAUUCUGUUCUACACACGAGGCCGUGGUCUUUGGAGAUCCUGUUCGUUCAGCAUGUCGGCCAUCCUGCCGCGAAGCUUGCUGCGAGACAGACGUGUGUAUACAUAUAUCUGUAGCCUCCCCCCUUCGCCUCUCGCAAACAACGAGCAGCUCAAACACGAUGGAUGCCAUUAGCGUUGACACGAGCAGCAACGAUUGGUCGUUCGGCUUCAAGAGUAUUCGCGUACAAGCCGGUGAUCAUGUCAUUCUCGACAAUAUCAGCGGCUCGCUCAAGCCGGGCGAAGUGCUCGCGCUGCUCCGCCCGUUUGGCUCCGGCAAGACGACGCUACUCGAUUCGAACAGCAGCCGAUUACAUCAAGGCUCGAAGCUCAAACGUACUGGCGAGAUCCUACUGGGAUCUUCACCAAUGGCGCCGGUCAACGCAGCCUUCCUCGGCUACACGGCUUACGCUGAGCAAGUCGAACGCGGCAUCCUGAACUCGUUGACAGUCUGA